GGGAUCGCCCUGGUCUUUCCGCCGUUUUGCUGAUCGUCAAAUCAUGUUUUGGGCAAGCAAAGAAUUCGAAUUUAAAGACAUUCCCGACUUGACUGGCAAGAUUGCCAUUAUUACUGGGUCCAAUACAGGUAUUGGCAAAGUGUGUGCCUUGGAAAUGGCAAGAAAAGGAUGUCAAGUUGUCAUCGGUUGCCGGGAUGAGAAAAAAGCGAAUGCCGCGAUGGAGGAUAUCAAGAAGAGCACCGGUAACGAUAAAGUGGAGUUUAUACGACUGGACCUCAUGUCGCUCCAAUCCGUCAAGGAGUUUGCCGAUACGUUCAAAGCUCGAUACGAUCGUCUCCAUAUUCUUAUGAACAAUGCCGGAGUAAUGAUGUGUCCGUUUGCAUUGUCCAAAGACGGUAUCGAGACUCAAUUCGCUACCAACCACGUCGGUCACUUUUAUCUUACCGUCCAACUGUUACCUUUGCUCGAACAGUCCGCGCCUAGCCGCAUCAUCAAUGUCAGUUCAAUUGCUCACCACACGCCUUUUAAACGGUUGGAUUUGGAGCACAUCAGUGACGAAAAGAGAUACAAUCGAAUCAUCCAUUACGGCAAAAGCAAGACGGCCAAUAUUCUUUUUACUCGGGAAUUGAAUAAGCGAUUACAAGCCAAAGGAUGCAAAAAUGUAUACGUGAACUGCAACCAUCCAGGUAUGGUUCAGUCUGAAUUGGAACGACACAUUGUGGGAGGUCUGCUUCCCGGCUUUCUUUAUCGCAUGUUCCAGAUCAGCACCGAGGAUGGUGCAUUGGCUCAGCUGUUCCUCGCCACCAGUCCUAAAGUUGAACAAGAGAAUAUUACCGGUGAAUACUAUGUUCCCUAUGGCAAGCGCGCUCAAACCACCACCAUGGCGGCAAGCGACGAAGUGGCUCUCGAAUUAUGGAACUUUACCGAGAACCUUUUGAAAGAGAAAAUACCCGGCUACACGGGUGCAGGCAUUUAAUGAUGUUAUAUAAUAAUUGUACACGAUUGUAAUAAGAAAUGACUGGGUCAUAUUAAUAAGAUACAG